UAUGAAUAAAACUUUCUUUGUUUAGAAAUAAGUUAUUUUGUCGUGUUUUGUAAUGUAAUUGGGCGAGUGCUGAAAAUUCAUGCAGUGACUUACAUUUAAAUUUGAUAAGGAACAAAAAUUUAUUCUACUUUAUUUUAUGGAGUUGGUUAGACAAGUCAAAAUUUUGAUUAAAUAAACCAUGUCGUCGUCAUUAGAAGAAAGCCCUAUUAUAAAUUCUGAUAUUGAAAAUGAUGUUACAAGCAGCCACAGAAAUCUGGUUGAAAACGAAAGAGUUGAGCAGACCACAGGAUGGAUCAAAAGUCGAACAGUGCUUGGCAUAAUGGGAUUUUUAGGUUUUGCUAAUGUUUAUGCAAUGCGAGUAAACCUCUCAGUAGCUAUAGUGGCUAUGAUCAACUCAACUACUCCUUUGCCAUCUAAUGAUUCUACUCUUGACGUGUGUCCAGCUUCUAGUCCUAGCAAUAAUAGUGUACCUGCUAAACCAGGUGAAUUUAAUUGGACAGCUGAACAACAAAGCAUUAUAUUGGGUUCCUUCUUCUAUGGCUAUGUGUUAACACAGGUUCCAGGAGGCAGAAUAGCAGAAAUAUUUGGUGGAAAGCUUGUAUAUGGUGUUGGAGUAUUAUUAACAGCUAUAUUCACAAUCCUAAGUCCAAUUGCAGCUUAUGUAGACUUCAAGUUCUUCAUAGUUGUGAGAGUGCUAGAGGGAUUGGGUGAAGGUGUGACAUACCCCGCCAUGCAUGCUAUGUUGGCAAGAUGGAUUCCCCCCAUGGAGAGAUCAAAAUUUGCAGCCUAUGUGUAUGCAGGUUCUAAUAUUGGGACAGUUAUAUCAUUGCCCAUAUCAGGUUGGUUGUGUACCUUGGAUUAUGCAGGAGGAUGGCCCUUAUGUUUCUACUUGUUUGGAGGGAUUGGUGUGAUUUGGUUCAUAGCAUGGAUGUUUUUGGUUUAUGACUCACCACAAAAGCAUCCCAGAGUAUGCCCCAAAGAGGUUGAAUAUAUUACAUCAACUAUUGGUCCACAGGAGGACAAACCAAAUAUGUCAAUACCCUGGUGCAAGUUUCUCAAGUGUGUGCCUUUAUGGGCGAUUCUUAUAGCGCAAUGCGGCCAGUCGUGGCUGUUCUAUACACAGCUGACAGAGCUGCCUACAUAUAUGAACAACAUCUUGCAUUUUGAUAUAGUCUCUAAUGCUCGGUUAUCUGCUCUUCCAUAUUUGACUUCAUGGGUGGCAGGAAUAUUGAUAAGUAUUUUUGCUGAUUGGAUACUAUCAAAGGGUUGGAUAUCACGCCUUAACAGUAUGAAAUUGUGGAAUACAGUAGCGGCGUCGGUGCCGGCGUUCGGGUUGCUGGGUAUCGCGUGGGCGGGCUGCGACCGCACCGCCGUCAUGUUACUGUUGAGCAUAACCUCUGCAUUCGGCGGCGCCGUCUACGCCGGCAACCAAAUGAAUCACAUGGACCUGUCGCCUCAGUUUGCUGGCACCAUGUAUGGAAUCACAAACGCCGCCAGCAAUAUAUGCGGAUUCAUGGCGCCAUACGUCAUAGGUCACAUUAUAAGCGAUGAACAGCAAACUUUAGGUCAAUGGCGUGUCGUGUUUUAUUUAGCUGCGGCCAUCGAUUUGGCCGCAAAUUUGUUCUAUUUGUUCUUCGCAAGCACAGAGGAACAGGAUUGGUCGCGAGUGGAGGAGGACGAUACACCUGAUGCCCCCUGUUCCUCCUGGGAGAGCAUCAUGUACCCCGACUCGUAGGCAAGGGCCUGUACACACCACCACAUAUGUACCGCCAGUUUAUAACAAUAGUAGACAGUAUAAGUGCAACACUAUUAGUGUCUACUGCCGGUCGUCAGUUAGGUAUGUAUAAGGUUACCCUUUAGGAAUUUCAAAAGUCCUGACAAAAAUCCUGACAUUUCGAAAAAAGUCCGGACUUUUUAGUCACAAAGUGGUACCAUUUUACUCACUUAAUUACAAUGGUAUCGUAUUUAAGUAAAUAUGUAAAUUUAUUAUUCAUAUACAAUGUAAUUAAAAAAAUUUAGAGAUCCGGACAAAGUCCGGACUAUAGUCCAAAAGUCCGGAUAUGUCCGGAGUAAUCCGGACGGAUGGUAACCCUAAGUAUGGGACACUAUGGAGAUUGUUAACGACACCGGCGCUAGCGGCGGUUUGAGGUUGGUAUAAUCGUACAAACCAUGAGCGUGAACAAGCUAAGCCGGCACGGGUCCACGUAGAAACCGUGCCUAGGCCCGGCGGAAAACAGGUAGUUUAGUACGAGUUUAAGACCCAUUUGCAGAAAUUUUGCAAAAUCUCAAUUUAAUGAAAACUAGAUUUAGCCCAUACAAUGAUGUCAAAUUGACUUUGACGUUUUGUCAUUUUUAUAUGGAUGGAAUCUAGUUUUGAUAGAAUAGAGGUUUCUCAACUUCGCUGAAAGUGGGUCCAAAUCUUUAACUAAGUCACUUCUACGUCGUCAACACCAGUGUGGAAUACGUGUCUAUCCCUCGUUUACACCAAGAAAGAACAGUUUUACCUACUUAUUAAUAAUAGAAGAAGAAGCUUCGAUUAGUGACUCCAUGUUUUGUCUCUGUUCAUUGAAUUACAAAUGAUGUUUGAGUGAUUUGAACAAAAUACGGCGUAAAAAGCUUAUUGCUCGUUUCAUAACAAGGGGGAGACUGGUCAAAAAGUAUCGCAAAUGUUGUUUUUUUUUUCAUAAAAUUCUUAUUCGUACCAGUGAAAACAGGGAGUCAACACCAGUGUCCGUGGAGCAAAAUCGAAUUUCCUUUUACAGAACUUUAGUCAUAAAAUUAUAGAGCGAGUUUUAAGGGUCUCUACAUUCCACUAUACCGCUAGGACUCGCAGUCCCCGCAUAUAAACCAAUACAAUAUAAUGCAAGUAUUUUGGCAAGAAUAAAUAAGAAACGACAGGCCUAUUUUAUCUAACUUGCAACUGAUCUGCAACCGAUCGCUACAGAAACGCUUAACGAAACUAGACUUAAAUACUCUUUAUUACCGUUGUAAACCACGACAAAUACUGUAAUUUGAUGGCGUUUUAUACAAAAAAAUCGGAAUUAUUUAAAUUAAUCGGAAACUUCAGUUGCUUAUAAUAUUAACUCGAAUUACACGCUAUUAACUUUGAAUAUGCCUACAAAAAUACUUGAUUAUAUUUCUAAUUUUGUGAGACCAGUAGUGUUAGUUAUAAUACCAUUUGAUUUCAUUAAUAUUAUUUAUUGUUGCUGAUAGUGGUAUAUAUAAUAGAUAGAUGCCCAUUAUUGGGGUUAAUUAUAAAUAUUGUGUUUUUAUACAUAAUAAAUCAUUGUAUUUAUGGUCUCAAAUAUGAUAACCAUUUCCAAAUAAUUGAUUGAUGUUAGUACUAUAAUUAUGGUAAAAAUAUAAGCCAUUGUGAUACAUUUAUUAGUUUUAUAGUAACAAAUAACAUCAUGUAUGUUAUGUAAAAUAUAUCACGAUAUUGGUUCUGUAUGGUAUUUAAAUAUUUAUGGUCCCCAUAAAUGUAUGUAAAUAACUAGAUACUUUGAUUACAAAAAUUAUAUCAAAAUUGUCAUAAUUAUUACGUGUUAUUGCUCAUCUUAUAAUUGAUAGUUAAACAUUGUAUAAUAUUAUAGCAAAACGGUGCUGUAAAUGUCUACAUUAAUACUGUUUAAUGAUCGCCAAAGAUGUCGAUUUUUUGUCAUUAUGGUAUACUUUGAUUUUAAGGAAAUUCCACAAUGGAAUUUACGCUCAUUGAAUUAGGGUUUAAAAUUAAUGUUUUUUUUUUAUUUCCGCGGUCUGUGGUGUUGCGGAAGCACACCAAGCAAUCUGUAUAUGGAAGAAUUUUCUGCACGGGCGUUUUUAUAACGUGGUACAUUUUAGGCUUGGGUGGUUAUAUAUAAAGUUGUGUCUUCCAAAGCACGGAGGAGCUCGAGUAAAUAAGUUUUUAGUCAUCCCAUCCAAUGACCAACCAUUACAAAAAUGGCUUAAGUUCCACGAUUGCAAACCAAAUGCGCUAACCACUGUGCCAUCAGACACAGAAAAGCCCUCGCGUAACGAGGUUUAAAUAAAAUGUAGUCAAAACUUAUUUGAGGCUAUCAAUUCUGAUGCUCAAUGGAAUAACUGCGGUUAUUUAUUUCUGUGUGUUAUUUUGGGGGAGGCCUAUGUCCAGCAGUGGGCGUCAUACGGCUGAUAUGAUGAUGAUGAUGAUGUGUGUUAUUUUGAGAAAGACCAACGAUGUGCAAUGAAUUUUACUGUACAGUAUUUGCUGUUUUACUAUAUUUUUCAGGUUUACAAAUAAUAAGUUGUACAUUGAAUUGUUUCCUUUGUUGCCGUGCACACAAUUGAUUUUAUGGAACAUCUCUUGAUGACAGAAUUUCAUGCAAUUUCAUUCAAUUCGUGGCAGAAUGUAUGCAAUAAGUAUUGUUUAGCAGUACUUGUUUGAGGAAUGAUAAUAUGAAUAGACACGUAAAAUUAAAUUUAACUCUCUUAAAAACACUUGUUUUGUAACGGUCGUACUCAGAGACCUUAAUUAUCUUUUAAGUUUGAAGCUGUCACUUUUUAUGCAUAAACAAUAGACAACACGUCUCUUAAUCAAGACUUCAUAAAUAAAUUAAUGUCUCUGAGUCAAUUAAAUAUUAAUAGUUAUUUAACUUAUCUUAUACUGUACAUUUAAUCUGAUAUAUUUACUUAAUUACAAAAUCAGCUGAAGCUGGCCAACUACUAGUAAGUAGGUAAAUAAGGUAACAUAUAGCUACUUAAUUCUUAAAAUUUACUUUAUUCUUAAAUACGCUUUUUCAUUAAAUCAAUAUUCAAAAGAUUUUGUGUCGAAUUUUAAGAUACAUUAUUCUAUUAAAAUUAUUGUUGCAGCUAGUAAUCUGACUUGACAGGACAAUAAAAAAUCAAGUUACGCUAAACUGUUUUCGACCUUGUUUAGUUACAUGUUUUUUUAUAAAUAUUUUUUGUCAUUAUCAUAUUGUUAUGAUUGGUCUAUAGUCCUAUACGAUUAUCGAUUGUAAUAUUUAAUGAAUGAAUCGUAAGACAAUAAAAUUAAACAAUCGUUUUCAUAAUGGAAUUGAUACUUUUCUUACAAGUAGGAUUUAAUUUUUGAAUGUAUUUUCGCACCUGGUAAAGGCAGAUACUUUGUAUCAACCAAAGCUUAGAUGGUCAUAUAAUUAAUUACAACUAGGUAAACUCAUAUACAGCGAUCUUAAGCGUAUUUUUUAAAAUUACAAUAAAAUUAUGUAAACGGUAACGUUUUAAUUUCAUUGCUUGAUUAGACUUACUGCAUUUGUAUCUUACUGUUAUUGUACAUCAGUAUUCGCAUGUGAUUUGUUAAAAUAUUCCAUAUUUUAGUGCAUUGUUAUAUUAUUACGAAAAACAAAUUGUUAGUUCAUUUUAUUAUUUAAAUAUCUUAUGCCAAUAUUUGUCUCGUCUUAUUCGCAACGCAAGCACUUACAUGUCUGUUUAUAUUUGCUAUUUGUUGCUUUGACAACAGUAUAUCCUUAUCAUGCUCUAUAGGGAAUGAAAAGAAGAGGAUUUAUCAAAAUUACAAACAGCAUAUACGAAUACGUGAUCUGCCAGCAUAUAAAGAUACCAAGAUUCUUACAUAAUAACUACAACAAGCUGAGGUUUCUUGUAAGAGUAUUCAUUCCAUACGAUUCUGAAUUCAUUAAACAGUAACGCGUAAAAUUGGAUAUAGUGAGCCCUAUUCUCAUUGCAGUAAGGGCUAUAUUUAAUUUCAUUUAUUACUUUACUUGUAACAAGGUUAUUUUACAAUGAAUGGCAGAAUAAACAUGUAGAUAGGUACGUUGAACACGCGACAUCCCGUGGGGCAUUGCAAAAAAUUACCAGUGGUACACAUAUAUGGCAAAUAUUAAAUUAAAAUAACAAAAAAUUAACAACAAAACUAAAAGUAUAAUCACUAUCUUUUUGUUUUCUUAUAUUUUACUUGCGCUCGUGACUAAAAAAAGAUCCCCAAUGAUUCUUAAUUACUAGCAACGUAUUCUUUUAUUAUAGUCAUCUCAAAAGAGAAGGUUGUAUCAGAAGAGACCAUGCUCUUUUAAAUUGAAUUCUUUAUUUUUAUGCGACUAUUUGCUUUCAUAAUACAAAAUAUAUCUUAUUAUAAUUAUUUAAGUCCACGUGUUUAGAAAAGAUAGGCAAAGACAACUUAAUUGGUAUCGAAUCUCCAUAGUAUUUCGAUUUGCUUAUAUUAAUCUAGAUAAUAUUUUGCUAAGCUUAAUGAGCAUAACUGCCAUUGGCAGAGCUUAAUAUUUGCUGUGAUUACCUAUUAUUUCGUAAGAAUUAUUGUAAACAAUAUAAAUCUAUAAGCAUAUUUUAAGUGUAUUACCAAAAUGAUAUAUUUUUGUAGAGACAUGAAAUAAAGCAUUGUAUAUUACUAGUUAUUUUU